AUGUUGCUGCAAGGAAAGCAGGAAAAGGACAAUCUCCCCCAGCUCAGUGGCAUAUCCUUCUCAGUAACAAAAGAAAUGUUCAACACUGGAGACAUCACCCACGAUCCUGACAUACCCCAGAGAUGCCUCAAGGGAGAAAAUGGGAGCGAUGUCCAAAUUCUUGGUGUUUCUCACUGGGGCCUGCGGCUGUUGAAGGAGAUAAAAGCAGCCAACAACAUCCCUGAGCAGCUGGAAAUCCUUUGCAGCUACAGUUAUGCAGAAGUGUUGUCCUUGGACCUGGUUGGCCAGAACAUCAUUCAGUUUUCUUUGAAAAGCAAGCAACUCAUCCUUCAUUCUCCAAAGGCUAGGCAGAUCAAAGCCAUGGUGGAGCUCUUCCUCCAUGAAUUGAAACGGGACUCCAACUUUGUCAUUGCUCUGCAUAGCUACGUGACAGAUGACAAGAGCCUCUUACGCUUCAAGAAAGGUGAUUUUAUCCGACUGCUGCCCAUGAAUGGACUGGAGCCAGGCUGGCAGUUCGGUUCCCUUGGUGGUCGCUCUGGCCUCUUCCCUUCCAGCUUGGUUCAGCAAGUGGCAGCUCCUGAUUACCUCAACCUCCAUCUGAACAGACAGGAAGAGGUCAAGGGCAGCAAGAAGGUGAGGAAGUCUGAGGCAUCUGCCGAUGGAUUAUUGAAUAAUUCUCAUGGAAGGCUAUCUGACAGGUAGAAGGGCCCGUGGAUCUGACACAGCUGCAUGGACAGAGUGGGUUUGCAAGAGGAUUCAGCAGGUACAGUGAGGAGCCUGCUGGAAUGAUUUUUUUUUUCUGGAGGAAAGUAUUUGGUCCUCCUCCACAUUUUUGUUUUCUAUUGAUCAUCAUACUAACAAAAUAACAUGGGCAAUUCAAUAAUAAAGAGGGGAAAAGGCAGAACUGCAAUUGAGAUUUCAGUGACCUCAGUGUAAUCUACUAAAGGGUUAACAAUUUUGCUCUUUACAUAGAUAUAGAAAUGUAUACCAUACAACAUUUGGCAUAAUCAUUAUAGAUUGAAUAGCUCUGGGCCCCCAAAGACUGAAGAAAAUAAUAUUAGCAGCAAAUGUUUGUAAUGUUUCCAGAAUUUGUUGUACAAAAUCUUUAAAUAUGUGUUGCAGAGUGUGGCCAUUUUGUUGUUAUUGCUCUUAACGAAGAUACAUAUAAUAUUGUUGACAGUCUGUAAAUGCCAGUAGCAUAUAUAUAAAAAUUCAUUUCUCUGUUUCAGCUGUAUGACAGGUUUUUGUUAUAUUUUCCUCCUGUUUCAGUGUCUAGCAUCUAUAACCUU